AAACAGCCAUCAUCAGAAGAUUUCGAGUUCGUAAAAAGAAAGAAAGGACCAAGUUUCUGGAAGAAGUUCCAGAGUGUGCUUAUGUUUUCCUCCCACUAUUCUACGUCAAUUCGAACGAAAAUGUUCUUGUCGUCUGGAUGAAGUGUCCACAUUCAGAUACCAUCUCUUCUUCUUCACAUACCUUAAAAUAUCUUCUGCCAAUCACUCUGGCUUAGUUUAGGUUGUAGUUUAGUUUUGAAUGAUUCUAAAUUCUUUUACAUAAAAGUAAUGAAAAUUUAUUACUGUUUCUUCAUUUUUGUAAUUGGAUUUAGAAAUGUGCAUAAUUUACCUGCUCGGAUUCAUGUCGGCGGCUUAUUUGAAAAGGAUGAGGACGAAAUUGAACUAGCAUUUAGAAUUGCAGUAGAUAGAGUAAACACAGAUGAAAAUUUGCUUCCUAAUUCCAGAAUGGUGGCUCUGGUGGAAAAAUUACAUUCCGAUAACAGUGUACUAACGUCUAAAACAAGUUGUUCGCUACUGCAUAAAGGAAUUGCUGCUUUAUUUGGUCCUCAGUCUGAUUUGACCAGUAUGCAUAUUCAAUCAAUCUGUGAUGAUUUUGAAAUACCUCACAUCGAAGCCCGAUGGGAAUAUCGGUUCAGGAGAGACCAGCUGUCCAUCAACUUAUACCCUCAUCCAACUGUCAUCAGCAGGGCAUUUAUCAGACUAAUCCACAUAUUAGACUGGCAUGACUUUUUCUUACUCUAUGAAGAUGACACAGCUAUCGUCAGAAUGAAGGAAAUAUUAGAAGAAGGAGAAAAAGAAAAUUGGGAUAUCCAUAUAUUUCAAUUUAGUGAAUCACUAUACCGAGAGAAAUUCCAGGAAAUAAUGGAGUUCCAAAAAUCUCGAACAAAACAAGGAAUGCCUGACUAUAGGAUAGUUUUAGAUGUCCCAGGAGAUAAACUAUGGAAAGUUCUUAAAGCAGCUCAACAAGUUGGCAUGAUGACUGAAUAUCAAAAUUACAUUAUUGCAUUCCUGGAUUUGCAUACAAUUGAUUUGAGUGAUUUUCAGUAUGGUAUGACUAACAUCACAAGCUUGCGAUUGGUUCAGGAGGAAUCCCAGGAAUUCCAAUCUCUUCUGAAUGAACUAAACCUUCGAUUACUUCUUGUUAGAGACAAAGAGCCAUUAAAAACUCUCAAGACAGAGACAGUGUUGAUGUAUGACAGCGUGAAGCAACUCGCUAUAGCCUUGGAUCAAAUGGAUAAUGCAAAGAAUAUUGCUGUCUUUCCUCCUAUAUCAUGCAGCCUAAUGAAUAAAGGAACAGACGGAACAACAAUAUAUAACUAUAUGAAAGAUGGCAAAGCGCAGGGACUGAGUGGUCUAAUUGCAUUUAAUUCAGAAGGAUUUCGAUCGUAUGUAACUUUUGAUGUCAUGCAUUUGAAACAAGAUGGAUUAAGUAAGAUAGGAACUAUAUUUCCAGAUCAGGAGCCUAACGUGACAACCCCAGAAGGAACGUCUUUAGAGCAUUCUCAUUUUAGAGUAACAACAAUAUUGACAGAUCCUUAUGCAAUGUAUGCAGAAUCUUCAAAACAGAUGGUUGGUAAUGCUCGAUUUGAAGGCUACGGCAUAGAUUUGUUAAAUGCUCUGGCAGAAACACUUCAUUUUACGUAUGACAUAAAUGUUGUUAGGGACGAGCAAUAUGGAAGAAAGAAUGAAACCGGACACUGGAGUGGUAUGAUCGGUGAACUAAUAAGAGGAGAAGCGGAUAUGGCAGUUGCCGACUUGACAAUCACUACAACCCGCUUGGAAGCAGUUGAUUUCACCCAUCCCUUUAUGCAAACUGGGAUAGGAAUUCUCUUCAAGAAGCCCACACAGAAGGUCCAUUCCAUGUUUUCGUUUUUGCAACCAUUCUCUGGCGAAGUUUGGCUUUUCGUAAUGGUGGUUUACAUUAUUGUCAGCCUAGUCUGCUGCUUGAUUGGAAGACUCAGUCCAUACGAAUGGUCCAAUCCACAUCCGUGCAGAGACACAGAUAUGGUGGAAGAAAAUGUUUUCAGUCUGCUCAACAGUAUGUGGCUAACUAUCGGUGCUUUCAUGAGACAAGGUUCAGACAUUGCUCCAACAGCGAUGUCUACUCGAGCUAUCAAAAGUAUUUGGGGAUUCUUUUGUCUCAUCAUGAUAUCCUCUUACACAGCAAAUCUAGCAGCUUUCUUGACAAUAGAAAAGUUAGUGUCACCUAUCAACAAUGUUGAAGAUCUUGCAAGUCAAGAUAAAAUCAAAUAUGGUUGUUUAAAAAGUGGAUCAACGAGAGAUUUUUUUCAGAACUCAGACUUACCAAUCUAUCAACAUAUGAACAGAUACAUGAGAGAACAUCCAGAAGUAUAUGUGGAGAGUAAUGAAUUGGGUAUUCAAAGAGUUGCGCAAGGAAACUAUGCAUAUUUAAUGGAGAUUACCUCCAUCGAAUACAAAACAGAAAGAAUAUGCAAUCUCACAAGAAUCGGAACACCUUUGGAUUCAAAAGGAUAUGGAAUUGCUGUUCAAAAAGGUAACCUAAAAUUGAGUAAUUGGUUAUCAUCGGGCAUACUGAAACUCCAGGAAGAAGGUGAGCUUCAUCUUAUUAAAGAGCGCUGGUGGAAGCAGAAAAAAGGAGGUGGUCAGUGCUCUGGAGUGUCUAAAUCCUCUGGAAGUGCAAAUGAACUUGGAUUAGGGAAUGUAGGAGGUGUUUUCGUGGUCAUUCUUCUAGGACUUGGUCUGUCUGCCUGUAUAGGAGUCAUCGAAUUUAUCUGGUAUCAAAGAAAAGUGCACAAGGAUAUACAAGUAUCAAUGUUCAAUUUGCUGAUAAAGGAAGUGAAAUAUGCAAUUACCUGUGGAAGUUCAACGAAGCCUGCACCAAAGUUGAAAAGUCGAUACAAAAUCAAAACUGAUGAAGAACGGCCCAAAGCAUUAAAAUCUAAUGCACCAUUUAAAUAAAUUAAGUUUU